GUGGCGCUAUUUAAGUGUUUUUAUUUUUUUAUUUCGUCGUGAAACCAAUGUGGACGUGAUAAAGUUAUAGAAUUAACAUUGUACGAACAUUAUUUAUCAAUAUGUCUCGUCACCGUUCUGUUCGAACGAUGAAUUAUGAUGAUGAAUAUGAAGGGUAUUAUGAUGAAUAUGGUCAUUCUGUUGAAGAAGAAUUUUGCAUAUCACCAAGUACAGCUGCUCAAUUUAUGUAUGAUCGCAAUUCAAAAUCUCACUCUAUGUCUGCAUUUUUGAAUCCUGAGGAUGUAAAAGAAUUACACGAAGAAGAAACCGAGAAAAUUUCUAGAACAGACAGUUUUAGUACUCCAAACUCAAAAAUUAGUCAAAGUGAUCAAGUGAAGCUUAAUGCUUGUGUGGAAGCUAUGCAAAAUGUUGUUGGAGAAACUAUUCCUGAAUCGACAUUAAGAACUGCUGCAGUUAAUAGCAAUUACAACUCAGAACUUGCUCUUCAAGCUGUGUUAUUUCCAACAAAUGAACCUCCUAAACCACAGCGAAUUCCAAGACAAAGAAACCGAGAUAGACAAAGUAAUAAAGAUGAAGAGAAAAAAUUAUUAGAAGUAGAUAAUCAAGUAAUUACUAAAAUUGAAGAAACUCCUAAAAAGGAAGUUAGUAAUCAAUUUGUACAAAUGAAUACUCCUAAAGAUGAAAAUGAGAAAAACCAUGUUUCCACCUCUAUACAAACAGCUAAAAUCUGUGAAGAGGAUAGCAUAUUGCUGGAGAAGGAAAAAUUAGAUGUCAUUACAGAAACCUCAGCUACGACAAAUGAAGUGAUACCCACCCAAAAGCCUAAGUCGAAGAAAAAUGAAAAAGAUAUAUUACUCGAAUAUCAAAAAGAACGAGGUGGUGAAAAAUCGUUAAUCAACAUGGUAGUUAUCGGUCAUGUGGAUGCGGGAAAAAGUACUCUUAUGGGACAUUUAUUGUACAGAUUAAAUUUUGUUGGAAAGAAAACAAUUCAUAAGUAUGAACAAGAAUCAAAGAAAUUGGGCAAAGCUUCAUUUGUUUAUGCCUGGGUUUUAGAUGAAACCAAUGAAGAAAGGACACGUGGAAUUACAAUGGAUGUAGCUCAAUCACGAUUUGAAACAACACAUCAUGUUAUUACAUUAUUAGAUGCUCCAGGUCAUAAAGAUUUUAUUCCAAACAUGAUUACAGGUGCAUCUCAAGCAGAUGUUGCAGUUUUGGUUGUUGAUGCGACUCGAGGAGAAUUUGAAACCGGAUUUGAUGCAGGUGGUCAAACAAGGGAGCAUACUAUGCUAGUAAGAUCUUUAGGUGUUUCACAGUUAGCUAUUGCAGUAAAUAAAUUAGAUAAUGUGGACUGGUCUAAAGAUAGGUAUAAUGAAAUAGUCUGCAAACUUGGAGUAUUUCUUAAACAAGCAGGCUUUAGGGAAAGCGAUGUCACUUUUGUGCCAUGCAGUGGUUUAACAGGAGAAAAUUUGACAGAAUCUGCUCAAAAUUCAUUGUUAACUUCUUGGUAUAAAGGUCCUUGUCUUGUUGAAGUUAUUGAUAAGUUUAAAACUCCAGAGAGACCAGUUGGAAAACCUUUUCGUCUCAGUGUUGGUGAUGUGUACAAAGGAAUGGGAUCGGGUUUUAGUGUGUCUGGACGUAUCGAAGCCGGUUACGUACAAACUGGUGAUCGAGUAGUGAUUAUGCCUGCGGGAGAACCUGCCACAGUGAAAGGGAUUAGCAUAGAAGAAAAUUCUGUACUUCAAGCAUUUGCAGGUGAUCAUGUAGGACUUUCUCUUUUGGGAGCAGAUAUGAAUAAAAUAACAAUUGGAAGUAUUGCUUGUGAUCCAAAUAAUCCAAUUCAAGUAACAACUAGAUUUCAAGCUCGAAUUGUGGUUUUUGGAAUAGAAAUUCCAAUCACUAAAGGGUUUCCUGUCAUUCUUCAUUAUCAAAGCAUGAGUGAACAAGCAGUUGUGAAAAAACUGAUUUCUCAGUUACAUAAAAGCACAGGCCAAGUUGUGAAAAAGAAACCAAGAUGUUUAACAAAAAACAGUAGUGCUAUAAUUGAAUUAGAGGUAAAUCGGCCAGUCUGUUUAGAAUUAUAUAAGGAUCUACGAGAAUUGGGAAGAUUUAUGUUAAGAUGUGGAGGAACUACAAUCGCAGCUGGUGUUGUAACUGAUAUUCUCUAAUAAAGAAAUUUCAGUGAAAUGAAAAUCUGUGAAAUAUGCAAAUAUUAUUCACCUGUAUUGUUGGAAUAAAUUGAACUGUAUUGAAAAAUUAUUAGUUCAAAAUUGUAUACACACAAAAAUAUCUACCUAAAAUCAUAUCUCAAAAUGUAAAUCCAUAUCAAAUUUAAAUUAAAAGUUUUAGAUGUCAAAAUUUUUAAAUUUAUUAUCAUAUAAAUUGUCUUUUGCAGUAUUUUAGAUAAAAAGCCCAAUUUAUUUUUUCAAAUCUAAAUACCUGUAUCAGUAAUCUUUUAAUUCAAGUGAAAGUGCUUAUAAAUUAUAGAAGUACAUAAACUUUUGAAGCAAAUUUGAAAAAUACUGUAUAAAUGUUGCAAUUUUUUUACAAAAAUAAUUUGAAUAAAUCACUUCUCAUAUUCACUGAUAUAUUAUGGAUAAGAAUAGAAAGAACCAUUUGUUAGAUUUAAACUUUGAAUUUGUUGGAACCCUGAGAUGAUGACGUUUAUAUAAAA